CGCGGCGGUUCCACAACAAACAUCUCUGCGUCUGACAACUGCCGCUUGUGGAGACUUUUCCCGACAUGUGUGGCAUGAUUCUGUGGCAGUAAAGGAGGAGCUGACGAGACGAGAUGCUCCUCUGAGCGGAGGCUGCAGAAGCGAGCGGUCACUGCAGACUGCGGCUGAGAUGUUUGGCUCCAUCGACUAGCCACCCAGCAGCAGUCUUCCCACAGUGAUGGACGAGGACACGCCGACCUUGAAGCCGCGGCGCAUCCAGAACCAGAACGUGGUCCACCGACUGGAGAGGAGGCGCAUCUGCUCCGGCCGCCCCGGAGCGCACUGGUACAAGGUCCGCUGCUUCCACCAGAACCUGUUCCCCAACUUCACUGUGGUCAACGUGGAGAAGCCGCCAUGUUUCCUCAGGAAGUUCUCGCCCGACGGACGUUGCUUCAUCGCCUUCUCCUCGGACCAGACGUCUCUGGAGAUCUACGAGUACCAGGGCUGCCAGGCGGCUCAGGAUCUCCUGCGCGGUCAGGAGGGCGAGACUCUGUUCACGGUCAACGACCAGCGCUCACUCAACAUCCGCGGCCGCCUCUUCGAGCGCUUCUUCUCGCUGCUGCACGUCACCAACGUGGCCUCCAACGGCGAACACCUGAACCGAGAAUGCAGCCUCUUCACCGACGACUGCCGCUACGUCAUCGUGGGCUCGGCCGUCUACGUGCCCGAGGAGCCGCCGCCGUAUUUCUUCGAGGUGUAUCGCAACAACGAGUCGGUGACCCCGAACCCUCGCUCCCCCCUGGAGGACUACUCGCUGCACGUCAUCGACCUGCACACCGGCCGGCUGUGCGACACGCGCUCCUUCAAGUGUGACAAGAUCAUCCUGUCGCACAACCAGGGCCUCUACCUGUACAGGAACAUCCUGGCCGUGCUGUCGGUGCAGCAGCAGACCAUCCACGUCUUCCAGGUGACGGCUGAGGGGACCUUCCUGGACGUCAGGACCAUCGGUCGCUUCUGUUACGAGGACGACCUGCUGACCCUGUCGGCCGUGUACACCGAGGCUCUGGCGGAGAACCAGCCGGGCUUCCCGCGCCUCUACACGGACAAGACCAUCAACUCGCUGAAGCACCGGCUGCUGGUCUACCUGUGGAGGAGGGCGGAGCAAGAAGGCAGCGCCACAGCCAAGAGGAGAUUCUUCCAGUUCUUCGAUCAGCUGCGGCGCCUGAGGAUGUGGAAGAUGCAGCUGCUGGACGAGCACCACCUCUUCAUUAAGUACACCAGCGAGGACGUGGUCACGCUGCGAGUCACCGACCCCUCGCAGCCCUCCUUCUUCGUGGUCUACAACAUGGUGUCCACCGAGGUCCUGGCCGUCUUCGAGAACACGUCGGACCAGCUGCUGGAGCUCUUUGAGAACUUCUGCGACCUGUUCCGGAACGCCACGCUGCACAGCCAGGCGGUCCAGUUCCCCUGCUCCGCCUCCUCAAACAACUACGCCCGGCAGGUCCAGAGAAGGUUUAAGGACACCAUCGUCAACGCCAAGUACGGCGGCCACACGGAGGCGGUGCGCCGCCUGCUGGGCCAGCUGCCCAUCAGCGCCCAGUCCUACAGCAGCAGCCCCUACCUGGACCUGUCGCUCUUCAGCUACGACGACAAGUGGGUGUCGGUGAUGGAGAGGCCCAAGACCUGCGGGGACCACCCCAUCAGGUUCUACGCUCGAGACUCGGGUCUGCUGAAGUUCAAGAUCCAGGCGGGCCUGCUGGGCCGACCCGUCAACCACACGGUGCGCCGCCUGGUGGCCUUCACCUUCCACCCCUUCGAGCCCUUCGCCAUCUCGGUGCAGCGCACCAACGCCGAGUACGUGGUCAACUUCCACAUGAGGCACGUGUGCGCCUGAGUGCUGCCCCCCUCAAGCCGGAACAAAGCGCCCGCCUCGCGGAAUGGGAGGUGGAGUAAGUGCAAAUGGAGAAGUGGAGGUGGCGAUUGACGCGCGGCGGCAGGAGGCCCGGCGUCUGAGAAGGAUCCGGAGCUGUCGGCUUCUCCCACUGCGACCUGAAAGCUCCUCGAUUCUGCCGGAACCGCGGGCGCCGUGUGACCCGCGGGCCGGCCCACUUCUCUCAGAAAUAGCUUUUGUAAAGUGUUUUUACACUACACUUGUUUGUACAUAUUUAAUGCCAAUAAAACUUUUUCAAUUUUACCUGGCGGUUCUGAUCCGCUUCGCUCAUCUGUCCGUGAAAAUGUUGAGGGAAAACAACUGAAUCGGAAAUCGGUUUCCGACCUGGACCUGUUGCUAGCAAUGCUAACUGCUAGCAUCAACCUGCUGCUGUGUUUUCUUGCUUGACCGCAGACUCGCACCUGGACGUGUCGCUGGCGGCUAGCUAGCAGCACUCGCGUGUCUGUCACAAGAUGAAUGAAAACCAAAGCAACCAUCGCUUUAAAACAAAACACACUGGUGAAAACAGACACCAGUGGAGGUGUGCAACGUUGCUGCUGCUGUCUCACUCACACACACUGUCCUUGUGGGGACCUCUCCUGACCAUCACCCUUCCCCCAGCCUCUCCCCCUGAACACGACUCACCCUCAGUUUUCACCCUCAAAUGGAGGCGCUUGGUCAAGGAUGGGUCCCCACAAGGACAGACCAGCAGGUGCACACACACACACACGCAGGCAGGUGAGCGGGGCUCGGCAGGUGUGAGGGAUUAAGUGUGCUCGUAGCUUCUGGUUACACAGUGUGUCUCAGAGAGUGUGUUUGCGAUUUCAUGUUUUGUCAGCCUGUGUGUGUGUGUGUGCACACCCAGGGAAUCGAGUCAUUGUUGUGUAACGGAGGGUGAGGCCUGUGUUUGGGGGUGCGCACAC